AUGGCGAUUAGAGCACUUGGAACGGGGCAUGACAACGAAUCCUCUCGUAGGCAAGUCCCUGAGGAGUCUGUUAAGACCUUUGCAGAUAGAAGGAAAUAUUCACCCAAAGAGGAUAGGAUCCUUAUUGGUGCUUGGCUUAACACCAGUAAGGACCCUCUCGUAGGCAACGAGCAGAGAGCUGUUGCUUUCUGGAAGCGUAUUGUAGACUACUACAACGCCAGCCCUCAGCUCGUUGGGGAAGUACCGCGAGAGGUUACUUCUUGUAAGCAGAGGGGGUCUAGGAUCAAUCAUGAAGUAUCCAGAUUCACUGGUUGCUACAACCAGGCGCUGAGGGAGCAGAGAAGCGGCCAAAAUGAUGAUGAUGUGAUCAAAGUUGCUUACGACAUAUUCUUCACCAAGUACGAUACAAAGUUCACACUCGAUCACUGCUGGAGAGAGCUCAGGCAUGAGCAGAACCCAUACCGCAAAGGACCCGAAGUUAUACUGAACGACACCGCGAAGGAGGACAGCACCAGCUAA